AUGCGCCAACGAAUAACCUACAUCCAGAAACCUUCCGCCCCCUUCCACCCCUCGCAAACAACACUCACCCACGACGCCCUAUCCGUCGAAUCUCUCGACGCAGCCCGCGAGGAACGCGUGACGUUUAGCUUUGACGAGCUGCCUAGUGAGCUCUGGCAGGUCCUCCGGCAAUGUCACCAGCUUCAUAUCCGGUGGGCGAGCGAGAAGGUGUAUGAGGCUGUUUCGCCAUUCUCGAGUCGAAUAAGCCCUGGGUUACAUGUUUUCUACUCGCCGGUUGAUGCUGGGAAAGCGAAGGGGGAUAACGAGGGGAGAGAGCCAGUGUGCACCUUACUGAAGAAGGUAUUCGAUGAUGGGUUGCGAUGUGAGAGUCCUGAGGAAUCAUUUAUCACGCCUCCCAUUCUGUCUACGCGCUUCGCUUCGACGGCGGGGUACCAAUUCCAUCAAUUAUUACCGUCUCCCGAGAACCUGGUCACAUACAUUCAGCACAAGUUUUGUCCGAUGGAUGAUGAUAAAUGUCGGCAACGGGCGGCGUCGAUACUGUCUGCCGAUGCUGUGGAUAUCAACUAUGAUAGUAUAUCGCAUGCGCUUACAAUGAGCGGGUAUUGGUCAGAAGCUCCAGGCGGACAAGGAUGGACGGAGAUAAUUGGGAAGCAUGAGGGCGGGACAGAUAAAGUGGAGGUUGGACUUUUGGGGGCCGAGCAGGCGAGCGAGCCGGAAGAGAUAAAGAUGGGUGGGCUGUUGGCCGUUGUUGGGCAGGAUGAGGAAUUGAAACCUACGUUGUUCUCGUUCCCGUCGCGACACCAUCCGCUCCCUGAAGAUGCAGUGUACUCGGUCUCAUUCCCGACUCCGACCGGUAUGCAUCCUACCAUGACCAUUUCAAUCUCUCGGGAAGCGCUCAAUGAGCCCCCGGGACGCCCGGAUGCGACCUGCGCACUGCAUGCCUACCUCACCCUGCCGUCCACACUAUUUGGCGACAAAUACCAACUUUCGACCACCGACCCAUUGUUUCUCAAAUCUCACAACCUCGCUGCUCUGCGGGCAGUGGCGGGGGAGACGGAUCUCGAAGCGCCAGACUGGUUUGUAUCUCGCUGGGGUUCGAACUGGUUACUUGAACUAGCGAGUCCGUCGGAAUCAAACCAGGUUGCGGAAGUCUGGAACGUCACAGUCCCCCUACACCUGCGAUAUCUGCCUCCGUCGGAAUCAGGGUAUCGCACCGCAUCAGUACCCUGGCCUGUCGUCUUCUGGGCAUGUACCGCAGAAGACGGCACGAAAAUGGGAAUGAACCCCUUUGAUCGGGUGAAUCUGGGAUGGGAGGGACUGUUCGGCCCUCGGACCAUGUUCUACCAACUACACCCUUCGCCUACUCGUGAAAAUGGUGUUCUUAUGGAAGGAUUGGAGGUCCCCGUUCUCACGCUCAAGGAGAAUGGCGGUGUUUUCGGAGGCCGGGCCAUAGAACUAGGCACGGUUGCUGUCAUUUCCCUUGGCUUUUUGUGGGUGUUAUGGAGAUUGGGCUUGGUGGCGCGGUCAUCCGGGAUCAGAGCCCAGCAGAAAAGAGACGCUGACAAGCGGAAUAAAGCUGAGUAG